UCCAGAAGAUGAUGGACCUCCUAACAGCCGCAGGGCUGGAGGGCAAGCCGACCAUCGACAAGUGCCGCGCGCUCAAACAGGCCAAGCAGGACAAGAAGGAGCAGGAGAAACAGGCCAAGCGCGACGCCAAGACCACCAAGCACAAAGAGAAGGAAGCGGCCCUAGAAGGCGGCGAGAGCGCGGCAUCGCGUCGCAUGACUCGCGGCGCGACUGGCGUGAAGCCGCGCCAGCGCAUCGUCAUCUCCUCGGACGAGGAGGACGACACGCCCGCCGCGCGCCGCACGCUCUCCAAGCUGCGCUCCAGCGUCAACGACUCCGACUCCGACUAG